AUGGCCAUCAAAUUAAAGCAUCAGUCAUCCUCGGAAAUUGGGGUUUUCGCAUGCCUCACCAACACUUACUGUUUAGUAGCAGACAGUAACAACGAAAAUUUUUACUUGGCGCUUGACUCCGAGCUUGGAUCACGCAUUCCCGUCGUUAAAACUACUAUUGGUGGAUCGACCACUGUUGGUUCUUGUUGUGUAGGAAACAGAAAAGGGCUUCUUGUGUCCAACUCAACUACUGAAUAUGAAUUAAUGAAUAUUCGUAAUGCAUUGCCAGACGAUAUCAAAAUUCAAAGAGUGGAAGAACGUUUGAACGCCCUCGGAAACGUUAUAGCUGUCAAUGAUUACGUUGCGUUCUGCCACAUGGAUAUUGACAAAGAAACCGAACAAAUAAUUGAAGACAUUUUAGAUGUCGAAGUUUAUCGAACAACCGUCAACAAUGAAGUUUUGGUCGGCCAGUACAUGGUUUUCAACAACCUUGGGGGAGUUGUUCACUCAGAUUGCCAAACAGCUGAAAUCGAUUUUCUAAGUGAAAUCUGUAAAAUACCGUUGGCUCCUUCAACUAUCAACAAAGGUUCAAUAAAUCUUGCGGCUGGAAUACUGUUGAACGAUUAUGCGUGUUUUGUCGGUCACGAUUCUACUCAAGUUGAAAUUAAACUGCUGGAACGAGUAUUUAAAUCAAGUCAACGAAAUAAACAAAAACUUGUUGAAGCAAUUCGACCAUGUUAA